AUGCAUUACAUACGGCUAUUCAAGCAGCCUCGUCUGCUACCCCUCUCAUCCUCCGCGUCCUCCUCUACUCUUCGAACAUUAUCUGCGAAGAUUACUAUUACAACAGAUUUGGGGGAAUCAUUUUUAAUGUCCGAUGUCAAUUUUCAUGCAGAGAUAGAGGUGGAUGGGGUGAGCGUUGGGGCUGGGAAAGAAUAUGUAUGGAAGGGAACGAAUGGAAUGAGAAGUUUGGAAAUACAGAUACCGGUACGGACAUCGCGUGAAGAGGGAAGAUGGACGACGUUGGUUGUGGGACCUGCGGAAAAGAUAUAUGGAGUGAAUUCUUUUGAGGGCGUUUUGGAGGAGGGAAAGGGCAAUCGAGGUGGGAUUGCGAAGGUGAGGAGUAGGAGUAUUGAUCUGAAAACUGGAGCGACAAAGUCUGAGGGUAUGGCUGAACGUGUUUUCAGUACUGGAUUUGGAAGGGGAGAGGAAAUACGUAUUUGGGAGGAAACGGGGGAAAGUAUUGCGAGACACAUGUGGGAUGCGGGUUUAGUGCUCUCAUCGUAUCUCUCAUCUCUGCAAAGUUCUUCCAAACCUGUAGGCUCUCUCCCUACCUUAGAGAAGUUCCUGGCUACUCAACAGGAUAUCAACAUUCUUGAAUUGGGAGCCGGUUGUGGAAUCGUGGGUAUUACACUCGCCACACUCUUUUCUAACAGGAUCAACAAGAUCUUACUCACCGAUCUCCCAGAAGCCUCGGAGAUACUGGAGAAAAACAUCACGACGAUGGCUUCACAGUCAGAUACCUCACUCUGCUGUUCGUGCUCUCACCAAGUUCUUGAUUGGUCUGAACCACUUCCUGAAGGUGUCCGAGGCGAAAGGUGGGAACUGGUGGUGGUGGCGGAUUGUACGUAUAAUCCCGAUGUCGUACCUGAUUUGGUACAUACAUUGAAGAGAGUGAGGGAGGGGAAUAAAGGGGCAUUGAUAUUGCUGGCGAUGAAGGUAAGACAUGAUAGUGAGAUGGUGUUUUUCGAAUUUAUGGAGAAAGAAGAAUUUGUGGUUGUGGAGAGGUGUAAGGUGCCAUUGGGGAUGGUUGGGGAGGAGGGGGAAGAGAUUGAGAUUUUUGUUUUUAGGUGA